UAUAAACAUGGCCGUUAAGUCCUUUACAGCAUCAGGUACUGCGUUUGGCUGAAUUAGUAGGACUUUGAGGAAGUCAUUUAUGGUAACUACUACGCUACAGUAACAGGUGGAAGGACAAUGUAGACGGUGUAACGAACGACUCUCAUUAGUUUAUGAUUGUUUUUGCCUGUGUAAACUGGAUUUAUAAACUUCAUGUAGUACUUAAAGCUAGCUCGCUACCAAGCUAACGCCGACGUCUCAGCGCUAACUUCUGUCAACUUUUUCAACCAGCUAGCGUAAUCUGCUACUCGACUGCUUAUCGAAAUGGAGGAGUGCCGUCACUCGCUCAGGCUGUCUCGAUGAAUAUUUUACACACGGACGUCUCGGAUUUACACAGCUAAGAGCUGACCAAACUUUGUUGAAGGAUCCUUUUGGAUUGUUUUUUUCCACUGGCAGGACUCAAGCGCUUGCCAGGCGCCCGUUCAGGAUGAGCAUGUUUUCUGUCAAACCCAUGAAACCAACAUUCAAGUGUUAUCUUCCGCCUGUACAGACAGAUGUGAAGAAAGCAAUUGAGCCUAUUAAAAAGUUGGAGCCUAAGUUACUGUUAGGGGAGAUAGUUGUUAAUGAAGUGAACUUUGUGAGGAAGUGCAUCAGCACGGAUAGCAGCCAAGAUGAUCUUUGGGGGAAGUUGAUAUGCACCAACUUUAAGGUCUCCUUCAUUCCACAAGAUGCCCCAGCUAAACAGAGAUCACAGUUGUCCCACUUCCUGCUUGGAGAGCACGACAUCCCUCUGACAUGUUUGGAUCAAGUUGUAACAGUGAAUGAUACGAAAGGGAAACGGAAGGUUCUGGGGUCAAACCAGAAGCUAAAGUUUAAUCCCACUGAACUCAUCUUAUACUGCAAAGACUUGCGCAUAAUACGGUUCUGUUUUGGUGAGGCUGGGCCUGAAAGUGCCAAAAAGGUUUGCCUUGCGAUUGCCCACUAUUCCCAUCCAGCAGAUCUUCACCUGCUCUUUGGCUUUGAAUACCAAGGACGCAGAUACCAUGAAUAUAAAGCAAAACGUGUUAAUGGAUCCACCCCCCGAGGGGGAUUGCAGACUCCCAUUUUUGACCGUCCAUCAGACUGGGAUCGGGAAAUAAAAAGAACGGGUGCUUCAGAGUGGAGGGUGUGCUCUGUCAAUGAGGGUUACGCCAUCUCUCCAAGUCUUCCGGAAUAUAUCGUGGUCCCGGCAUCCCUUGCAGAUCAGGAUCUAAAGCAGUACUCCUCUUUUUUCCCUGAUAAUCGCAUCCCCCUCUGGUGCUGGAAUCACCCCAGUGGGAGUGCUCUCAUCCGCAUGGCCAGCAUAACUGAUCCAUUACAUCAGAGGAAGAUUGAUCAGAGAGUCUUCACUGCCAUCACCAAAAGCCACCCACACCGCAGUGAAGUCAUCAGGUUAGAUUUGGACAAGUGUCUGCCCAAUAUCCAGGACAUUCAAAGCGCCUUCUUCAAAAUCAGGCAGAUAUGUGUCAUGGAUCCUUUUGAGGAAUCUGAGGAGAGGUGGCUUUCAUCCAUUGAGAACUCAAGAUGGCUGGAGUACGUCAGGGCUUUUCUGAAGCAUUCUGCUGAGGUCGUUUACCACCUGGAUGGAAAGAAUACUUCAGUCGUAUUAGCAGAAGAGGAAGACCGAGACUUGAACUGUAUCGUGUCGUCUCUGGUUCAGCUCAUGCUGGACCCUCACUAUCGCAGCCUCAUUGGCUUUCAGAGCUUAGUGCAGAAGGAAUGGGUGAUGGCUGGCCAUCGCUUCUUGGACAGAUGCAACCAUUUAAAGAAAAGCGACAAAGAGGAGUCUCCACUGUUCACACUUUUCCUGGACUGCGUGUGGCAGAUGAUGAAUCAAUAUCCAGCAGCAUUUGAGUUCACAGAGGCCUAUCUGACGGUAUUGACUGAUAGCAUGUGGAUCCCGCUCUUCAGUACUUUCCUUUUCAACUCCCCAAAACAACGGAAUCAGCACUUGGCGGACUUUGCCAAGAACAAGGCCAUCCCUCAAGGAGAAGAGCAGUCUGUUUAUUUCCCUCCUGUUUGGGACUGGUCUCAGCAGUUCUCCUUCAAAGACCAAACGCUCUUCAACAACCCCAUGUAUGUGGGCAAAGGAGCUGCCUGUGUUCAGAACGGGGAAGUGAAAACCUUCAGACGCACUAAGCAGAAAACCUACAGUUCAACAUUGCGAGGGGCACCUGCAUCUAUGCGUAAUGGACUGAAAAGUGGAGAGGAGACACUGCCCAGACGGGGGUCUCUGGUGUCUGAGCUGAAGCCUGAUUUCUCUCCGGUGAAAGAUGUGGUUGAGAGUCCCUCAGAGCGCUUUUUCAGGGACUGGUUCUCUCGACCCAUUGACCAGCAGGGUCUCCUGAUUCCCCUGCUGACGCCCUCACACAUGGCUCUCUGGAAGCUCUUCUUCUUGCGCUGGGUUCCUGAAGCCUGCAUUCCCAAAGGAGGCUCCAUCACCGCCUACCACAAGCUCUGCCAACUGGUCGACGAAAUUGAGAUUCUCCAAAUCCAGCUAAGGCAGUACAAGGGACCCAGUCCGGGCAGCACACCUCUGCCCAGCCCGAGUGAGUCCCGUUCAGACCAAAGGAGGAUGUAUUUUAAAGCCAGUUUCCCAGACGACCCCUCUACACCCCCAGACUUCCUUACCUCCUCAUUCCCUUUCACCCCAGUGGGAAACUUGUGCCGCCGUAACGUCCACGGGACUCCCAUUAGCAAAUUUCUGAAUGGGGCAAAAAUCUGGCUCUCUACAGAAACUCUUGCUAAUGACACUGUGUGAGGGUGUGAGCCUCUUUGGGCUUUUUCUGAGCUUAUUGCAAAUUUUGGAAAAAUUACUCUUUAUUUUCUAUGACCUCUUUCUUAAAUAGCAAGAUAGAAACUAGUGAACGGCAAUAUGACACUUAACUGAUUUUAACUAUUUAUAAGCUAAAAUUAGCAUCAUUAUGCUGCAUUGAAAUCGGAGUUAAUUUCUAAUGUUAAUGUGAUCUGUAGGACUAAAUCAUGAACAUUUAUUGAGUUAAUCUAAAGGAUGUUCUCCUUAUUGGCCAGUGAGUCUUUACUGUGAGGUCUCCUGACUGUGAAAGAUGUUAAGAUACUCUCUUAUAAUGGAUGUAUAAAUCUGUCUUUACUAAUUACAUUUAGACCAGUUCUUCCACUGUAUCACCCACAUAAAGUGCUUUUUUUUUUGUUUUGUCUGUUUAGUGUACUGUAUAUUUGAGAGUAAGUUGAGAGUUGAUUGUCCAAGAUUCGCAUGUGAUGCACAAUUUUUUAGGGGGAAAAAAAUGCCAAAAGUUUGUGUAUUAUUGACAGAUAAUAAUAAUAAUGCUAAUAGACAGUUGGUUUUAGAUUCAGUCAGUUGAAAAAAAAAAAAAACGAAACAUGAUUAGGAAAUGUCCGUUUUUAUUGCAGCAACAAUGAUGUGUUCAUAGAAAACAGAUUUCAAGUACUCGAUGUAUUUGGGCAUCCUAGUGGAUUCAGUCCUUAACUAAGAAAUGUCAUUUUCAGGCCUUAUGUUACCUGGUAUUUUUUUUUUUUUUUUUUUUUUUUUUUAAUUUCAGAAAGAGGAACGGAAAAUAACACUGCUAACAUUUUUUUUCUUAUGUUGUAAAUGCAAAAAAGAGCUGUGUGAUUGAAUGUACUGGGUUGUUUUUGUUUAUUUUUUGUUUUUUUGUUUUUUUGCACAAACUGCCCCUAUUGUUAAUGGUUGUGCUUGUUUUCACUGUAAGUAGGAAAUGGUGUGAUUUUUCAGGGUCUAUCUUUGUAUAUUUUCUAUAUUUCUGGAGUAGAGUUGAGCGCCUAUAUUUUUAGUUUUGUACUGCAGGCAUCACCCGGACCGGAGGAGGAUCUGUGAGGACUUAAUCUGUGGUAGAUAUUCCUCUUCUCUUUAGAAGGGUUUUGUUGUAUAGAGGCCUUCUGGUAAGGCUUAUGGAGAAACUAUUCAAGACAACAGUAGCUAAGUAGGUGAAUAAUAGAAAGCAAAGGGACAGAUGAAGGGCUAUGACUUAAACCAAUCUGUAGUUCAGCUGAAGUUACUGAUCCAGGUGAGCAGGUUGAUAAUGAAUGACAGUGCAAAACACUACAUUAAAUCUUAUUAAUAGAAGGUUUCUCAUAAAGAUCUUGUGUGAUUAAAGAAUCAAAACCUUGAAGAGUGAUAGUGAAUAAUAUACACUGUUAAAUAUACAGAUUGAAAAUCUAACCAAAUCUCAUAUGUAAUAACAUUUCUUACUGUGUUUAUUGUUUCAGAUAAUACUAUGUGCUAUUUAAAAGGGUGUAGUAAAAUUAGGAGAAGUGUUUUUUGUUUUGUUUUAAUGAUGAAACCAAGCUAACCUGUCAUCCUUGAAGGGUUAACACUUGCUGAAAUGAGGAUUGGUUUGAGGCUCAUUUGGAUCAGUGCAUCAGUUUGCUAGUGCCUUUUAUCAAAAUACUGAGGAACUGGAAUUGUGCGGCUUUACACUUUAAUCAAUAAUCCGUUAGUAAUUUUAAACAAGACCACUGGACGGACUAAAUAUGUGUCCCAUUAUUGAUCGGUUUACAGUGAUACUCAGACAAAUUGGUAGUGAUUAGGAAUAGUUGAGGUGUUUUGUUUUCAGUAUAGAUUUGUGUAACGCGAGUGCAGAACUUGCUCUCUUAAAUGCUAAUAAUUGCACAUUUUACUCAAUAUAAUUGUUAGUUGUUUAAAGGUGGUUGUUAAAUAUAAUUUUGGCAAAUAUUAUAAAUACUGUAUAUGCUUGAAGUCUUCCAAUUACUAUUUUGAUUAAUGGUACUAAAAUGACUUUUAUCUUUGGUUUAGUCUUUAUUUUAUGGAGAGAUAUUUAUAUGUUGUGUUUUCCACUAAUUCCCAUGUUGCCCUCUGCUGUACUUGUAUGAUGACGGUGCUUCGACUGUAGCACAGUUGGAUAUUGAUUAACAGCAGAUGUAUUUAUUCAUGCAAAUGUUCUCACACAGGGAUGCAGUUGCUACUGUACAUCUCAAGUGCCUUUUUGGGAAGAUUGACCUUUUUGUAACUAUACCCUAAAUCUACAGACUUACUUUAGUUUUCUAAAUCUAUUGAUUUUUUAUUAAUUGUGUAAAUCUAGUCAAAUUCAGAGGUACUGCACUGAAGCUGUUUUUCAAUAGAAAGUAAAGCUUUACGUGUACCUGUACCCAUCAAUACAUUAUUUUUCAAAUGA